UCGAAGUGCGCGGCGCCGUCGCACAAAAGAAGUCCUUGCGGGCGGCGAGCCCUCGUGCACAUCGCUCGGAGGGCUGCUGUUCGGGCGCGCGCUCGCGGUGCGAGGGGGCGGAGUCGCAGCUGUCAACGCGCGCGCGCGCGCGCUCGCUCGCUCGCUCGUUCGUUCGUUCGUUCGCUCGCUGGCUCGAGUUGUGCGGCGGCUUUUCUGGACGGACACCGCGCUGAGUCGCCGGCUGAUCGCACCGCGUUCACAGGUUUCCACUGGGCGUUUUCUUUUUUUUGGGGUUUCUUCUUCUCUGCCUCCACGGGCACAGAGGCCAUUCUUCUCACGGUCAGUCAGCAGGAACGUCACGCAGCCCGUUUCCUCACAAUGGCGGACGGCAGACAGCCCGAGGAGAGCCUACCACAGUGGGCAGCACCGGGCUCCCAUGGUGACAGUGCGGCUCACCCCCAUGCACCAGCCGAAUUCAGGGAGCAGCUGCCCUCUGUGGCACACAAUGAGAAUGGCUACACUUCCUACCGGGGCUGCCCUACAGGAGGCGCUCAUGGACCCGACUCCUAUGCAGCGGCCAAAGAGAAUGGAUUCAAUGGAGAUAUUCCUUCAGAGGAUGUGGUAACAGCAGAGCAAGUGUCAGCAAGAAUAGUUCAGGAGGUGACGGCCGAGGCUGUAGCUGUGCUGAAGGGGGAGCAGGACAAGGACUUCCAGCACAAGGACACUGCAAAACAGUUACCCUCAGUUGAAGACUCCGCUAAUCUGCCUCCCUCUCCUCCUCCAUCUCCAGCUUCAGAGCAGAUUGGACCUUUGGAGGAAGUUAUAGGGGAUGAGGAGAAGGCAGGCCCUCUCCGACGCUUCAAAAAUUCACGGGAGAGGUGCAAGUUCCUAGCCCCUUCCAUCUCGGUGUCUGUGCCCGACGAUGAUCCAUACCACUCAGAUGACGAAUACUAUGAGCACCCAUUAUUCAGCUCCGAGUGGACUCACUCUUGCCCGCCCCCCCGUGGGGAAGCUUCCAUGUUUAGACAGAUUGAAGUAGAAGAGACUAUAGAGGUACCUUCAGCAGCAGACGAGCAAGAGGAGCCGGCAUCAGCAGCUCUUGUUCAGCAAGAGCCACGGAGGAGAGGGGAGGAGGCUGAGAAUGAGCCUAGUGCUGCCGUUGAGCACUUAAAGCAGGCAGAGCUAAUAAGGGAGGCACAGGCUCGGCCCGGCCCGCGGGCAGAGGCAGCUAGUGACGAGUGUGUGCGAGCAGAGACGCCCGACGGGAGAAGCGGCGAGGCAGGGGAGGGUACAUCCCCUCAGGAAGACGUGAAGAUGGAUAUGCAGAGCCAACAUGGGGGAGGCACUGAGCAGACCUCUCCUGUGACCACAAGUCAAAAGGAUAUUGAAAAAAGUACGUCAGCUCCCCCAGUGCAACCAACACUGGAGGUUAAGCCCUCUGCAGGUCCUGAGAAGGAAAGCAGUGCGGAAGACUCUCCGAUUGCAGAUGCCGCAGUUACUUCACUAAAAGAAGCCCCAUCAGUCAUCAGUCCUGCCACAGACAAACCAGAGGUGACUGCUCCCAGUGAAUGCCCAGUAAGCGUUCAAGAGAAAGAUUAUGACGAGGGAGCAAUGAAAAUCAAAGUUACUGAGGGUGCAGCUGAGCAACCGCUUGUUGGUCUCAAGGAAACUUCCCAAACCACAGAUAAGCCAUUCGCACCAAGUUCUUGUGAGUCUAACAGUCUCGAGCUACAAACGUCUGAAGUGCAGAGUGAGAAGAAGACAUCUGAAAAGACUGAUGUAUUAGCCAUGGGGGAGUCAGACGUUUUGCACGAAGCUCAACCAGGAGCACCCGAUCCAGCUCCAAAAGCUGAAGAUGCCGUACUUUCAUUCUCCAAAGCAGCCGAUGAAGGUUUGUCUUUCAGCACUCGUGUGGACAAAAGCAAGGACGGACAAGAAGCCGAAUUGAAAUGCAAGGAAAUGUUGUCAGGAGAAGCAACAAUUCUAGACACAGCAGAAAUUCCCCAAGAAGAGGAGAGCAUGCUAUGGACUUCUGAUCAAAAAAUGAAGUCAGCAGAGCACAGCGAGGGGGUGACUGAUCCCAAGUGUUCGUCAUCCUCUACUGAGAAGGAAGAUGAGGAUUUAAUACAGCCUACCCCAGCAUCAAGUAAAGAGGAUGUUAAAGAAGAUAGUCACGUUGAAAAGCUAAAGGAAUGUACAGAGGGAGCGAUGGAGGCUCCCUUGCCAAAGCUCGGGCCCGCUGAUAAAGAGUUAUCUGGAACUGACGUUCAUCAAUCACUCUAUGAGAAAAGUGAGCCAUUCAGCAGCUUAGACAUGCAUCUAGAAACCUUUGAGAAAGACAAGUCAGGGAUGUCUGCAUAUUUUGAGACUUCUGCCAUGAAAGAAGAAGACGAAGAUGACGAAGACGACUUAAAGGCAGAUAUCAUUCCAGGAGAGGGGUAUUAUGAAUUAAGCCAUGCAAGGCAGAGCUCAAGGCCACCUUGGGUUAACGAUGACCUUCCCGUCGAGUGCACAGUGAGCCCAGAGCUGCAUCCGUCCAAGGACACCCUCUCAGAACAACAGCUCAGCUACAGCACAUUAAGCCACAGCCAAGAACUGGAACCAGAAGAGGAAAUGGCAGCCAUUCAAGAGGAGCUGAAAGCUCUGCCAGUGAUUGAGAAGAAGAAGGACGAUGGCCGUUUGACUGUUGGCAAGUUGUCUCUUGAGCAGCGUAGUUACUCCCUCAACAUACCCAUAGCCUCACUAGAAUCUCUAAACCAAAGCGGAGGUCAUGGGCGACCGAAAACCUUUUCACCGCUGGCCUCUGAUAUUCUGUCUUUCACUAGUGGGAGUUUAGAUGAACCGAGUGAGUACCUCCCAGUGACCACUCCGGCAGUGGAAAAGCAGCCGGUCUUCCCCCCUUUGAUUCUGGAAGACCAGUCAUCAAGCUUAACUGCAGCAGAAGCUGCUUCAGAGAUGCAGCCAAGUCCCCAGGCACCAGAGUCACCUGAGUCACCCUUGCAGAUGAAAGACUUUUAUAAAAACGGCACAGUAAUGGCGCCUGAUCUGCCAGAAAUGCUGGAUUUGGCAGGUACAAGGUCAAGGCUGACAUCUGAAAGCACGGAUUCGGAGCUGGUGCGAAGAAAAUCGGUCCCGGCUGAUGUCCCAGCGCUUGUAGGAGAUACCUUGGCUCAGAUGGGCUUAAUAGACAUCAGUCAAAAGACAGCCAGAAGUGUGAGUCAGCUGGAAGAGAUUGGCUACUGUGUCUUCAAUGAGUAUACCGGCCCCAUGCCUUCACCUGCUGAUGUCCACAGUCCAAUGGAUUCACCCCCCCAGAUCUUUACUACCCCCGUUUUGGAAGAGGUUAGGCAAGACGCUGACAAAUGUCUGACAGUGCAGGAUGAGGAGGCUGUGAAGGAAGACCACCAACAAGUACCAAUUACUGAAGAAGACAGAGAAUUGUUACCUGGUCAGACUGAAGAAAAAUUGGAGACAAAAGUGAAAGAUGACUUGGAGGAAGCCCCUUGUGAUGUCAAGGGCAGGCAGCCUACAGCCGAAAACGAAGGCAUGGGUGGCAGUGUUGAAAAAGAACAGGAAAAGGAACCUUUUGCGGUAAAGUCUGACUCCGAAGCCUCUAUCCAGGUGCAAACAUCCCCACAGGUGGAGGAGCAAGCAGUACCAGUUCCAGAAGUUGUAGAGAAAGACACUGCGCAGGAUGGCAUUUCACCAGCUGCCUCAGUACCUCCACUGACAAUGAAAACUGACUCAGAGGAGAAAGGAGCAAUGGGCCCGGAUGCAGAAAACAUUGAGGCACAGUUAGAUCCUGCCACUAAAGCGGAAACUGGCACAGAGGUCAUAUCGGAAGAACAAGAAGUAACUGGUGACACAGCAGGAACCUCUGCCGAAGCCCAAGACGUACAAGAAAUUAAAGAUAAAAUGAAAGAGAAGCCAGAUUUGGUGCAUCAAGAAGCGUAUGAAGAAGCAGAUGCUGAAGAUGCCUACCAACUUAUGGGCAUUCUCGGCUCAAAUAAGGACGAGACUCAAGCCCCCUCAGUUAUAAAGUCCGUGUCAACUGAAAGAGAAGACAGUAAGGCAAAGGAGCCAAAACUAUCAACUGAAGAAAUACCUGCAGAGCAAGAAGCAGCUGAAAAAGAGUUGCCCACCGUGUUGGAGCAGGAAGCAGAAGCUGCUCCGGCGGCCAUUAAUGCAGCCUUACAAAGUCAAGAAGCAGCAGAGCAUCUUUUCAAGGAGAAGGACGAGUUGGAGGAUGAAAAAGACUCCAUAGAAGUUGGCGAAGAGCCUGAAGAAGUAAUCGAGGAAGCACAUGAACCUCUCCAUGUUGAGGAAAGCCCUGAGUCACAGAAUCUGGAAACAAGGGGCAUUAUUGAAUCGGUUGUUACUGUAGAAGACGAUUUCAUUACCGUUGUCCAGACUAUUGAUGAGGGCAUUGAGUCUUGCCACAGUGUUCGGUUCUCUACAUCAGCUGAGCCAGAACAACUGCAUGAGACUCCUGGAGAUAUGAAUGUUCAGCCAGAUGAGGAAGAGGAAGAGGAGGAAGAAGAAGAAGAACAAGAAGAAGAAGAACAACAACAGCAAUUACCCAUUAGAAGUGCCGAAGAAACCUCAGUGGUCCCUUCCACCCCAGAAAAGGAACAAGAGCAACUAACUGAAUGCAGGACAGAAACGUAUGAUGACUACAGAGAUGAGACUACCAUAGACGAUUCCAUCUUGGAUACUGACAGUGCCUGGGUGGACACUCAAGAUGACGACAGGAGCAUCAUGACUGAAACGAUCGAACCCAUUCCCAAAAUGGAGAGCCCUGAAAUUAGGAGGCCCUCCGUGGAAAAGCACCCUAAGGACAAGGCAGUGAGUAGGGGGAAGGGCCGAGUGUCCACUCCUGAAAGGAAAGCAGCCAGGAAGGAGCCGAGUUUGGUCCCAAGGGAUGACACAAAGAAGAAAAAAGCAGUGUUUAAGAAGGCUGAACUUACUAAAAAAUCAGACACUCAGACCCGGUCUCCAUCUCGGAAAAUCAUUUUAAAACCAGCGGUCAGAUACCCUAGGCCAGCUCAGCACCACCCAUCUGCUAAGCGGAAACCGACAGCUGUGGCUCAUGUUGAAGGUCGGCAGCCCCUCAGUGUUGUACAGCAGCCCAAGGACAAGAUCACUGAUGGCACCACAAAGAGCCCAGAGAAACGGUCAUCUCUUCCAAGACCAUCCUCCAUUCUCACGACACGACGUGGCCCGCCAGCAGACCGCGAUGAGAGCUCCACUUCAAUGACCAGCUCAGGGUCCACUGCACCCAGACGUCCAACUUCAAUCCGAUCUGAAGGAAGAGCUGAGCAAAGGAUGAGUCGAACCCCUGGCAUGGCAGGGACAGAGCACAUUCGCUCCAGGUCAGCGAGGAGUGGCACCUCGACACCAGUGACACCGGGCUCAACGGCAAUUACACCUGGCACUCCACCCAGCUACUCUUGCCGUACCCCUGGAACUCCUGGCACGCCAAGCUAUUCUCGUACCCCUCGCACACCAGGCACUCCUAAGUCUAUGAGUCUGGUGCCACAGGAGAAGAAGGUGGCUAUCAUUCGCACCCCACCAAAGUCCCCAGCAACCCCAAAGCAACUGCGUGUCAUCAAUCAGCCUCUGCCUGACUUAAAGAAUGUCAAAUCCAAGAUUGGCUCCAUAGACAACAUCAAAUACCAGCCAAAAGGAGGUCAGGUGUACAUUCAGUCCAAGAAGAUCGACUUGAGUCAUGUGACCUCAAAGUGCGGCUCUCUGAGCAAUAUUCGCCAUAAACCAGGUGGAGGAAAUAUAAGGAUUGAAAGUGUGAAGCUUGACUUCAAAGACAAAGCUCAUGCAAAAGUGGGAUCUCUAGACAAUGCUCACCACACACCCGGAGGUGGACAUAUCCAGAUUGAGAGCCAUAAGCUUUCGUUCCGAGAGUCGGCCAAAGCCCGAGUUGAUCACGGAGCUGAGAUAGUCACCCAGUCCCCAGGAUUAUCAGGAGCCGCUUCUCCUCACCGCCUCAGCAAUGUGUCAUCGUCGGGCAGCAUUAACCUACUGGAGUCCCCGCAGCUCGCCACCCUGGCAGAAGAUGUCACGGCUGCACUGGCCAAGCAGGGCUUGUGAGACUUGUGUGUCCAUCGCUCUCAUCCCUCUCUGUUCAGCUGUCCAGCGUCUCAUGAUUUUAAACAGCUCGAGUCAUUCCUUCAAGGCAUGGCAUGAAAGUUUCUGGGACCCUAACGGCAUUGGGAUAUUAUUUUUUGGUAUUAGUACUCUAAUAUUAAAAGAGUAAAACAUUAAAAAAAAAAAACAAAAA